AUGGAUCUCGCCAACCUCCUCUCUCACAGCACGGCUGUCAAGCCGGUAUAUACUUCUUUCGAGUCCAGCUAUUAUCAGCGCUCGCCCCCUCUGUCGCCACCGGCAGAAGAGCGUAAGGUCUCAUUGCCUUCAAUCUCAUCUCUCUUUGAGGGUGCCGAUGGUGCUCAGCACGCAGCUAAGCGCCAUCGUCCCUCGCCAUCUCUUGGUGAACGCCACGUCCGAGUCCAGUCCUAUGAGCUGCCCCCAACACCACCUAUGCGCCCCGGCUCCGGCCACGCCCACCGGCGCGCAUCUCCCGUGGAGCUCUCUCACAAGGAAGCGCACCACCACCUUCACCGUUCCUCAAUUUCCAGCAACGGCUCAAUCCACAUCCCCCGCAACACAGCACCCUACGCCUCGCCCGCGCCAAGCGUGUCAUCCUAUACUUCUCCAAUAGACGCUCCUCAACAGCAAAUGUUCUACCCACGCCCACCAACCACAUCUUCCUUCCAGCCUUCGACACCAGCAUCAGUUCCCCAUAUGCCCACUGUCCAGGUCCAGACGCAGCAGCAGCAGCAGCACUCGCACUCGCACUCGCACUCGUCUCCAGCUCUCAUCUCCCCCGUCAUCCCGGCCUGGCAACAUCACCACUACUUCCCGCCUUCCACCUCAGCCCCGUACCAGCAGAACCACGACCGCUAUAUCUGUCGUACCUGCCACAAGGCUUUCUCGCGCCCUUCUUCCCUGCGCAUCCACUCCCACUCGCACACUGGCGAGAAGCCCUUCCGCUGUACACAUGCCGGCUGCGGCAAGGCUUUCUCCGUGCGCAGCAAUAUGAAGCGUCAUGAACGUGGCUGCCACUCUGGUCGCCCCGGCCCCGCCCCUGCUGCUACUGCUACUGCUACUGCACUUGUUGCAUAG